AUGCAAUUGGCGAUCUCUCUCCCAACCUCAUCCACUUCUCAUUUCUUCCCUCGCCGACGCGUCCAUGCAAUUCCCCAAUCUCGACGCUUUUCCGGUGCUCGAUCUUCCUCCGAAGAACCAAACCGUCGAAAGAAUCAAACAGGCGUCAUCAUCAUCGGCGCCGGACUCGCCGGUUUAGCCGCCGCAACUCGGCUCACAUCCGAACGAAUCCCUUUCCUACUCUUAGAAGCUUCCGACGGCGUCGGUGGCCGUGUCCGUACAGAUAUCAUCGACGGCUACUUUCUCGACAGAGGAUUUCAGAUUUUCAUCACUGCGUAUCUCGAAGCUAAGAAGCUUCUAGAUUACGAAAAGCUUGAUUUACAGAGAUUCUACGCCGGAGCUAAAGUUUUCUACGGCGGAGAAUUUCACACCGUAGCUGAUCCUCUCCGACAUUUAUGGGAUUCGGUAGCGUCACUCACUAAUCCGAUCGGAUCCGUCGUGGACAAAGGGCUUAUCGCGUUGACGAGGGCUAGAGUUCUGAUCAAAUCAAACGAAGAGAUAUUGAAUGCCGCCGACGAAGUGCCGACCAUUGAUCUCCUCCGGAAGAUCGGUUUCUCCGACGAGAUCCUUGAUCGGUUUUUCCGGCCAUUCUUCGGCGGAAUUUUCUUCGACAGAGACCUCGAGACGACGUCUAAGCUCUUCGAUUUCAUUUUCCGGUGUCUUGCUCUCGGAGAAAACACGCUUCCGGCAAUGGGUAUCGGAGAAAUCCCUAACCAAUUGGCCGCGAAAUUACCCGCUAAUUCCGUCUUGUUGAACACAAGGGUCGCUUCGAUCGAGUAUCCAAACGGGUCGGAUUCGGAUCCACCUACCGUGAGACUCCAAGACGGCGGCGUGUUGAAGGCAGAGCUAGGUGUCAUAGUCGCCGUUGAGCAACCCGAAGUAGAUAAGCUUCUUGUUGGGAUCAGAGAACCGGUUCUGAUUAAACCGGCUCGGAGCACGAUUUGCUUUUACUUCACAGCUGAACCGAACCAGAUACCUGUACAAGAUCCGGUUCUAUUUCUCAACGGGUCAAAUACCGGUAUUAUCAACAACAUGUUCUUCGCUACAAACGUUGCUCGGACAUACGCACCGCCGGGAAAGGCUCUGGUUUCGGUUUCAUUGAUCGGUCUGUUCGAGGAUAGAUCCGAUGAUGAUUUAGCAGCUGAGGUUAUCCGGGAGCUAUCGGGCUGGUUCGGUGAGUCUUUGGUUAUGUCAUGGAAACAUUUGGAAACUUACCGGAUACCGUUCGCUCAACCGAACCAAUGUCCGCCCACUGAUUUGGUUAAGAGUCCUCGGAUCGGCUCAGGUCUUUACUUGAGCGGUGAUUACAUGACUUCUGCUACGUUUGAUGGGGCUUUGGUCUCUGGGAGACGAGCCGUGGAAGUUUUGCUACGAGAAAAGAGACUAAUCAAAUAG